AUGAGUACUGAGGAGAUAUUAGAGAGUGAACUACCUGGAUCUACCCAAGCAGGGAUCAUUCCACCCUCAAGACCACUACGGAGACCUAAGACCUCAGAAUCGUUGGUCGAAACUCCAUCACAAGAAGAAAAAGAAGAAGAGGAAGAUGCUUAUCCACAUGUACCAGCCAGACCAUCAGGAGGCUCUUCAAUAAAAUCUACAGAGAUUGAUACGAUGGAUCAGAUUAAACCAAGCGGUUUACAGGAAAAAACAGUUCCCAACAUUCCAAGUAGACCAACCCAUACACACCCCAGUAAUGCAGUCCAGGAACCACACAUUCCAACAAGACCUACUCAUGAGAGCAACGUUAUUAAACAUGAGGUUGACCUGCAAAUCUCCGCCAGGCCAAUAAAAAACGAAACAGCUCUUGAGCAGGAAAACGUUAACGAACCACAUAUUCCAGCAAGACCAAUGAGGAAAAAUAUAUCGGUUGAUCAAGUAGUGAAUAAUGAACCACAUAUUCCUCCUAGACCAUCUAUUAGAAAGGGGAGUUCUACCAAUGAAGACAUAGUUCUUGCUGGAUCUCAUGAAGGAUCUAUUGCUACCGAUGAAACUAACGAAUCUGAUCAGCAAAGUCCAUCAAUAUCUAAAAUGCAACAUGAUUUUUCUAACAGUAAUGAUAUACCAGAGAUUGAACACAACACCCAAUCUACCCAAGAUAAGGUAAACCCAGAAUUUUCGAAUCCCCCACAGGAAAAAAAUAAAGAAGAAGAAGAAGAAGAAGAAGAAGAAGAAGAAGAAGAAGAAGAAGAAGGAGAAAGAGCUGGAAGGAAUAUGCUUCUAUCUGAUAAAAGUGUUAAUGAUACAACUGAGCCUGAAAAUGUGACAGAUGAAGCAGAAACACAAUAUUCAGAUAACAAGACUGGAUUAGUGGAACCAUUAAUGCCAAAAAGACCAAUCAGAAGAACAGCUACCGAUAUUCCUGCUCCCUUCGUUCCUCUAAGACCAAGGAAGGCAGCAACAUCCGUUGGACUACAGACUGUGCAGGUUGACCAUUCUCAAUCAGUAAAGGAGGAAUACUCUGCUGCGAAUUUGAAAGAGAAUAUCCAAAAUAACGAAGAGUCAGAUUUUGAAGAAACAGUCGAAGAUGAAAAGGAAGUCCAGCAAGUUGAUAUUAUCAGUUCUGGUUCUCUAGAUGCCAAUAAAUAUUUAUUACAAAAUGCGCAAACCACAGAAAGUACUACUACUACGAAAUCUGAACAAAUAUCUGAAAAUAUUUCCAAUGAAGGCAUAGGAGAGGUUACUGAGCCAUUAUUGGAACCGUCCAAUGAAUCCAUUGAAGAUGAGAGUGAUGAACAGUUGCAAAAUGAUAUCCUACAGAAUAAUUCAAACGAUGGAUUGAAAGAAGAGCAAUCCAACGAUAUUGAAACCGAAACCGAAAAACCAGAACUUGCCCCGAAAGAAGAAGAGCCUUCGAUACCAUCGAGACCUGUUAAAAAGGGACCCCCUCCAGUACCCAAAAAGCCAUCGUCAAAGAUAGCUGCUUUCCAUCAAAUGCUGCAAAGACAGCAAAUAAAAAAUUUAGGCCUAGAUGAGACAGCACCGGCGACUGAAGGCCUGACCGAAUCUCCAUCGACGCCGAUUACAGAAGAUGAUACAUCUGCCCAAACGAAAUCUAUACCAGCUAGGCCAUUACGAAUGGUUGGAAAUAUGAAUGGAAUGUUUGCAUUACCUGGAAUGGUUCCGGGCGGUGUUCUACCACCUGAAUUAAGCAAGAAGCUCGGUAUUUCAUCUGGAAAUCAGAGUUCAGAUGGCGAUAUUAGUAGUUCAACAACUGGCCUGGGUGAUGUUCGUCAAAAGAGGGCCAGAGGUCCUCGUGGUCGGAAGCUCCCAACAAAGAUUAGCGGUAUCAAGAAGGUUGUUGAUUCCACAGAAAAUAAUGAUAUUGAAACAUUUAAUAACUGGACCAUUAUUCUGACACCAAUAAAAGUACAAAAGAACCCCAAUACUGAAGAGGCAGAAACAUGUAACAACUCCGAAGAGGGCGAGACACCAAAAGGACAUAUGAACAUUUUGGCACUUGAUGAUAAUGAACUGGUUGUCUCUGAGGAAGAGGAGCCAAAACAAGUAGAGAACCCAAUUGAGGUAGAAAGAACAACAUCCCAAACACCAAUAUCUGUCGGAGAAAUGAUUGAGGUUAGAGAUGGUGACGAGAGACCAAUAUAUCUGGAACAACAAGUUGAAGAAAUGGCCGAAUCUCUAAUGCAACAGGAGAUGUUAAAAGGAGACAUCGAUGAGUUUGAUACUGAGGAGAAUGGUCAAGAUGUUGUUGCUGUUGACGACUCUACUCCUGAGGAUGGGCAGAUGAACUAG